GACGUCACAACCCGACGCUUGUUGGCCGUCGCCGGUCACAUGCUCCUGAGAUGUUUGACAAUUUGAACAGAUACAAUGUUUUGCUGAGAAGGACGCCGGACGACUAAAACACCGAAAGGACUGAAGACAGCACCAACUAAAUGUGUGGUCGCUGAAAUAUAUUGUCAUACUUAUUACACUAUAAAUAUAUCGUUCUUUCUUUGGUACAUACAUUUGUUCCACUAAAUACUAAACUAUGAUUUCCCCGUGGGACCGCUGGUACUCUAGCAGCUGUUGUUUGUGCUGCCAUGUCCGGACUGGCACUAUCAUUCUGGGGGUUUGGUAUAUGAUUAUCAAUGCAGUGGUGCUACUCAUUCUACUUUCUGCCCUCAGUGACCCUGACCAGUAUCAUAUAACAACUGCUGAACUAGGCAAUGAAUUCGAUUUCAUGGAUGAUGCAAAUAUUUGCAUCGCUACUGCCAUAUCCCUCCUUAUGAUAUUAAUUUGCGGAAUGGCAACAUAUGGUGCAUACAAGCAACAUGCUGCCUGGAUCAUUCCAUUCUUCUGCUACCAGAUCUUUGACUUUGCACUUAACACCUUGGUUGCAAUUAGUGUUGUUGUAUAUCCUACCACAAUUCAGGACUACCUCCAACAGCUGCCUGGUAAUUUCCCAUAUAAAGAAGAGAUUAUGUCAAUGAAUGCCACCUGCCUGGUUCUGAUUGUGCUGAUGUUCAUCGGGGGCAUUCUGGCAUUUAAGGCUUACCUGAUUGCCUGUGUGUGGAACUGCUACCAGUAUGUUAGUGGCAGGGGCUCUGCCGAUGUCUUGGUGUACGUGACUACUAAUGAUACUACGAUACUGUUGCCACCAUAUGAUGAAUCAAUGACUGUCCCUGCCAAGUAUCCACCACCGCCUUAUGUCUCUGCUUGAAAAGUGGAGGAAAACAACUACGGGAAACAACCUGUCCUGUCGGGUUUUUUUGGUUUUUUUUUGCCGCAGCUUAGUUUAUAAUUUCUACAGUUAAUCAGUACUUUAUCUGUUUGUAGAUUAGUUUUCUGUGAGUUUGAAAUACUGUAUAUUUUGAUAAUGUUUCUCUAUUGUUGUGUUGUCUUGGGAAUGUGCUACAUAUUUAACAGGCUGUUAGACUAUUAUUGCAAUCCUAUAUGGUACUUACUUAGUAUUUACCACUUACUUUUACCUGAUUAAAGAUAGGGUCAUAAUGACAAAUCAUUUGAAAAAAAAAAUCAAAACGUGGAUUCCUGCAGUGCACCACAAUUGGCAAGAAAGUGAAAUGAUGGAGAUCACCACUGAACGAGCACCCUUUCUACAGUAUUGAAUGUAAGAAUAUGAAGCUUGCUUGAAGGGUUGAUGAGUAAUGAAAGGGCUGUGCUCUUUUUGAAAGUAAUAUAACAUAAAACAAAAACAUGGAAUUAUUUCAAUUCCGAUAUCCUACUUUCUCCCAAGAGAGAUUCAGAUUGCCUUUACAAAUGAUUUUCUUUCUGGUGUGGCGCAAUAUUAAGAAAACAAAUCAUUUAUUUAAAGCUCAAGUGUGAGUGGAGCUCCAAAAAAAGAUUGUGUGUAAAUAAUUUUCACAAGGGUUAUUGAUCUUUCUUAUAAUGUGUUUUGAUAUAUUGUACUGCAAAGGAAACUACUAGUUAAAGAAUAAGGAUUUUUCAAUUGCACAACAUGACUGCACUGUAUAUUGUAUCCACACUACUGUAUGUGGCAACUGGAGAAAAUACCUGUCGAUCCAAAAACUCUCAUUACAGCAGUUCCUUGCAUUGUGAUUGUCAUCCCCAUAUAUCUCUGAUAUGUCUGUGAAUGUGUGUCAUGCUGUGUAUUACUGAAGCUUUCCAAACAUCUAAUACCAAUACCAUUCAACCGUUUAUACUACAGUAAAGUGCAUUCGUAGUUGACAAUUCUUACGAUAUAUUAUUUUGCCUGAUACUAUACACUAAGUGACAUCAGAUGAGCAAACCGUGUUUAUUUUAUUAAUUAUUACAAAUCCACAAGACAUAUAACAGUAUAUUAACACAAAAAAUGGAAAUCAAAACUGGAUUAAUCACAGGAAGUAAUUGCAGCGUGAGGAAACCUCACAAGUUGGGUGGCAGGAAAAUGAAAAAAGAACAAGGUGUAAAAAGGUGAUGUACUGUAGAUCAACGUCAACAAUUAUGGCAGCCCAUUUCCCUUUCCAGAAGCACCUUCUCAGAAAAUCUAUGAUUUAUUAGCGGUCGCUUGCUUUCCUUUAAACACAUGAAGCUGAAACAUGAUCAUAGACGGCCAUGACACCUGUGCCAAAGGUACAGCCUUAGUCAUGACCAAGCUCUCAUUAUUUAUUUAUCUUUGCCAUCUUUAUUAUACUGAUUUAAAUGAUUGGUUGAGUCGCACGUGUCAGUAUUUGUUUUGGAUUAAUAAAGUCUUGGAAAGUU